AUGGAUCUCGUCAGAAAAGGUUCUCUACGGAAUUUUGGUAUCGCUUUCUGCCAUAUACAUUGUCACAAGAAGAGAGAGAGAAAACGAAAUGCAUCUGAAGCUUUUGAGAAUGAUUUCGAUUACCUCUUUGGUACUAACUCUUGUCUAUAUUUGAUACGCCGGAAAGGAUUUAUUGCACGAAAGCCGAAACCGCUCGUAUAUUUAACCUGCAAGCAUAUUGUCCAUUACAACUGUAUCAAUAAUCCACAAAAGCUGUGCCCUAUAUGUCCAUCAGCUAAUGUUACGGAAACUGAUGAUAUGGAAACUGACGACGAUGAAAUAGUAACCAACAAUUUUGAAACCCAGGGCUCAAGUACCACGCAGAAUAAAUGCACUAUGAAUCCUGCUUCUACUGAAAAAUCAUCUAACAAAAAGCAGAAGACCUCAACUAAUGACGGGGAAUCACCUACUCUUAAGAGACUUAUCAAGGAGCUAAAAACGCCAAGUUCUGCGA